AUGAGCCAACGCCGCCGGGGCCGAUACUUUCACCGCUGCUUUUCUUCACGCUGCGCUGGUCUCCUGAGAUGUGGGAGGGACCGCGUUGGCUCUCGCCUAUCGCAGGCAGAGCUCCUCUGCGCAUCUGAUCGACACCGGAACAGAGCGAAUAGGAUCCCUACUACGCUUGUCUCCGUGAGUGACCGCCCUAUUGAAGCCCUUCAUCGCGGCCUCGGGAAGUUCUGCAACUUUGGCGAGACCCCAAGACGGAUCUGGAUUGCAAUUAUCUUUGUUCCGGACACAGACGCCAAAACCAGAUCAACCGUUUAUCACCACGCGAAAAUGCUUGCGAAACAGGUGGAGGGAAUCGAAAACCCUAAUUUUUUCGAGCACGAAUACAUAUUUGAAUGGGAAAUUUCUGAACAGUACGUGGAACAUCGAGUUUCGCUCCAGACACUUCUCGACCGAGGUUUGGACCUGCGGGACUACCUCGAUGACACGAAACGCCUCCCUGACCUCCAAACUCUACGUCAGGAGAUGACAGAACAUCGUCUGAACCCUUACUUCACCGGUGACAAUAUCAGCCGGAGCUUAGGACGGAUGGCGCGAUGUUUCGGGGCGAGGGCCCCCGUGCCCGAGAUCGCGUCGCAGAUCAUGGCCGAUUGCCCUCGCCUUAGCUUUGUCGAUCACCAAUACCAGUACGCUUAUUGGGAAGGCUACGCUGACCCUAUCGACUUUGAACAUUUCUGCUGGGUGGCAUUUGGGAUUGAGGAGGAACCGACAAGGAAAAUGCCACCACAGACGGACGUUAGAACGUUAAUAGACCCUAAUAGUCAACACCAAUCCCGGUAA